CUCUCUCUCUCUCUCUCUCUCUCUUUCAGAAUUGCAGAAUCACAUUGGUCGAUCAUAUUGAAUUCCUGGUCGUAGCCGAACAGAAAGUCAAAAUCCAGUCCGCGUUAAUUGGAUCGUUGCAUCUUUUAUAUGGAUAAUGUAUUAUUAAAUCCAUCUUCUGCUCAGUGCUCGGAUUGCAUUUCUAUAAAAGGAAGGCUGAGGACAAAAUUCCAACCUCUUCCUUCCUCACUGUGCGUCGCCAAUAUGGUACAUGCCCUCUCCUUCUCUCCCUCCAAAUUCCUCGCCUUGCCGCGUCCUCCUGUGGCAUCGAGGCCCUCAUUCGUCGUCGUCGCUGCCGCUGUCCGAUCUCCGGCUGAGUCUGCCACGUCGCUCUACGAGGUCCUCGGCGUCCACGCAGGCGCCAAGAACGGCGAGAUCAAGGCUGCGUACCGGCGUAUGGCGCUGGAGUGCCAUCCGGACGUCGGCGCGCCCGCCGACAAGUUCCUGCGCCUCCACGCCGCCUACGCCACGCUCUCCGACCCCGACAAGCGCGCCGACUACGACCGGCAGCUGAUGGCGCUGGAUCACCAACGGAGGGACCGGAGGUCGACGUACACAGGCACGAGCCCGCCGCUGUCCCGGGGAAGCCACCGGCGGACGUGGGAGACGGACCAGUGUUGGUAGAAGGCCAAGGGAGCAUUCAAAUCCGUCGGAUGGAUCGAAUAUAUUAUUUGAGUGCUGAAACUGUAAAUGAUUUUAAAUACCAGUAAAAAUAUUCUCCGCCUUUUUAUUGACAUUUUUUUAGAAUUAUAAUAUCCAUCUUCUUUGAUA